AUGGUGGAUAGUAUUGGUUAUGCACAGACUGAGUCAGGUGCAAAGAAGCAGCAAAUUAGCAUGAUGUUGCGUGAUCACAGCAACAACAUGUUGAACUGUACUCUGUGGGAAUCAUACGCGGAUCAGUUCAUCAAGUUUAACAAAGUUAGGGUUGCUGCAUCACUACCUACAGUUGUGUUGCUUCAGUAUGCCAAAGUGAAGGAAGAAGGAAAGUAUCCUCUGUCUGUGACAAACACCUACAAUGUGACCCUUUUAUGUGUUGAUGCUGAUUUUCCGAUCAUGAAAGACUUUAUUGAUAGAAUGCCUGAGGAGAGCAAGGUAACCCUCUCUGACCAACUUGGAGGGAAUUCCCAAUAUUCCUCCCAAAGUUCUGAAAAUCAACAACUCACUCCUGUGCAAAAAUUGUUCUCAAAGGCUGUUGUUUUGCCUAUUGCUGAGAUUAUUCAACUUACGGAUGUUACAUUUUGCGCUACUGUCGCUACAACAAAAUUAUUAGUAGCAUCUCCGUUUGGAUGGUUCUAUCGUGCCUGCCAUAUGUGUCAAUCUAUAGCGCGCGGGGACAGCCCCCCCUUUGAGUGUGAAGCUGGUCAUGAAACCAUGGCUGAAGUCCUUAGGUAUAAGAUUGAAAUUGAGGUUACUCACGGGGGCCAAAGCUGCAAUUUUGUCUUCUGGAACAGAGAAUGUGAAAUGCUGUUGGGUUUAUCUGCAUCGCAACUUCGUAACACUAUGAUUCAGUUGUUUAAAUAG